AUGACUACUGCUCAUAGACCCACAUUCGACCCCGCAAGGGGAAAGGACGCCCAAAGAGGGCCAGCAUACCAUCAACGUCUCCUACCAGCUCAUACGCAGUUGAAAGUUCGGCAAGCCGGUCAAGGCGGAGAUGCAGAUCACCAGGUCCGCGACCUUCGAGCCGAAUUACUUCAAGCUGAGGCAGCACACUUCGCGAAGACUAAAGGAGGACCCACUCUAGUAGCAGAUGCGCCAGAACCGUUGACGACUACUGCGAAGCGCCAACUCGAGGCUGGUGGCGGCGAGGAUGAAGACCCUGAGGCUAAGCGGAGGCGGAUAUUGGAAGAGACUAGGGAUAUUGAUGCGGACUCAGAGGAUGAUGACGAAGACGAUAGUAGUGAGGAUGACAGUGAUGAUGACGAAGACGAGACGGCAGAACUCCAGCGAGAAUUGGAGAAAAUCAAACGGGAAAGGGCUGAGAAAAGGGAACAAGAGGAACGAGAAAAAGCCGCCGCGGAAGAAGCUGAAAAGGAACAUGAUAUUGCACUUGGCAACCCCCUGCUAAACCCGAAAUCCGAUUUCAACGUCAAGCGCAGAUGGGACGACGAUGUGAUCUUUAAGAACCAAGCGCGUGGGACGGAUGACAAGGGGAAGAAGGAAUUCAUCAACGAUCUAUUACGUUCAGACUUCCACAAGCGGUUUAUGAGCAAAUAUGUGCGAUGA